GUAUGGCUAUUGUUUUUAGCACAUAGUACUGGCAAUGCGUCACGAAUGGUGAUCUCUUUGUUUUGUGUACAGGAAUAAGACGCAGGAGAAGCAAAAACUGUAAUGUCACGAAAGCGCAGAGAUUUGUGACGUAGUACUCAGGUCUUUUGCAGAGCUAGGCCUGCCAGUGAAAGCAAACGCAGUCAAUGCAGGGUGUUUGUGUUCCGGAGCAGAAAAUACAAACAUUUACAGUGGAUACGAACAGACUGUCAUUAAAAGCGAAACGAUAGAGAAAUAGAAUACAUUAGUUUUUUGAAAAGGAUCUGAUAGAAGUGCAAUUUGGAUGCUCAUAUUAAAACUGGUCAAUAUUUCAUCAUGAAUAGAAAUAAGCGUGAAAAAGAAUACUACAGUUUAGAUGUUGGAGAUUCAACAUUUACUGUUUUGAAACGAUAUCAAACUUUAAGACCUAUUGGCUCAGGGGCUCAGGGAAUUGUCUGCUCAGCAUAUGACCACAACCUUGAAAGAAAUGUUGCCAUUAAGAAACUUAGUCGUCCUUUUCAAAAUCAGACCCAUGCCAAAAGAGCUUACAGAGAACUGGUGCUAAUGAAGUGUGUCAAUCACAAAAAUAUUAUUGGCCUUCUUAAUGUAUUUACACCCCAAAAAUCUCUUGAGGAAUUCCAGGAUGUUUACAUUGUUAUGGAGCUGAUGGAUGCCAAUCUCUGUCAAGUGAUUCAGAUGGAGUUAGACCAUGAGCGAUUGUCCUACCUACUGUAUCAGACGCUAUGUGGAAUCAAACAUCUUCAUUCGGCUGGAAUCAUACACAGGGAUUUAAAACCCAGUAAUAUUGUAGUGAAGUCAGACUGCACACUGAAGAUCCUUGACUUUGGACUAGCCAGGACAGCAGCCACUGGUUUAUUGAUGACACCUUAUGUGGUCACACGCUAUUACAGGGCACCCGAGGUCAUUCUUGGAAUGGGAUAUCAAGCAAAUGUUGAUGUCUGGUCAAUUGGCUGUAUCAUGGCAGAAAUGGUCAGAGGUAGUGUGUUGUUUCCUGGCACAGAUCAUAUUGAUCAGUGGAACAAAGUGAUUGAACAGUUAGGGACACCAUCCCAAGAGUUUUUAAUGAAACUCAACCAAUCCGUUAGAACCUAUGUGGAAAACCGACCCAGGUAUGCUGGAUAUACCUUUGAAAAGCUUUUCCCAGAUGUCCUUUUUCCAGCUGACUCGGAGCACAACAAGCUCAAAGCUAGCCAAGCUAGAGAUUUGCUAUCUAAAAUGCUUGUAAUAGAUGCAUCCAAACGAAUCUCUGUGGACGAGGCUCUUCAGCAUCCAUACAUUAAUGUCUGGUAUGAUCCCGCUGAAGUGGAAGCUCCCCCACCACUGAUCACUGAUAAGCAGUUAGAUGAAAGAGAACACACAGUCGAAGAAUGGAAAGAGUUGAUAUACAAGGAAGUCCAUGAAUGUGAAGAGAGGACGAAAAAUGGGGUAAUCCGAGGACAGCCUGCAUCUUUAGGUGCAGCAGUGAUCAAUGGCUCCCAGCAUCCGUUGUCGUCUUCAUCUGUCAAUGAUGUAUCUUCCAUGUCAACAGACCCCACAUUGGCUUCAGACACUGACAGCAGUUUAGAAACAUCAGCUGGACCACUUGGCUGCUGUAGAUGACUGUCAUCUUUUUUUGGUCCUUCUGUUUGUGCUAGAUGGUAUAGAGUAUAGUUUUUAAAAAUGCUCCAGCUUCUUUCUGAUUUUCCCAGAAUGCUAAUUAGGCUGUAAAUUAUUGGCAUAUUUUUCUGGAAAGAAUCUGAGAACAGAUUUCACUUUUAAACACUAAGGUAUCUGUGUGCGAUCAGUGUAAAUUAAAGUUGAUUCAGUCUUUUUUAAUAGUUUGUUUUUCAGCUAGUGUUAAAUCCUAAAGUUACAACUUUAUGUUGCCAUAUUGCUGUAGACUGCUUAAAUUAAUUUGUAAAGAUUUAUGAUGAAUAUUUUUUAAUCCUUUUUAUUUUUAAAUUCAAUUUGCCUUGAGCCAUUUUGCCACAUUUGAUUUACUUUGAUUUGUUCAUUAUGUCUUCUGUGACAUGCUAUAGAACAGAGGAUAUUUUUCAGUUUAGUUCACAAAUAGAUAUUAUAUAAAAUACAUAUAUCCAAUUACUAGCAAAACAACAAUAUUUGAUUUCAAUUUGUCUAGAAAACAACUGAAAAUGGUCUGAUACCUAACUACUUUCAUUUCACAAUGUUUGAAGUUAAGAAUCUGCUUAUAGUUGUGUUUUAAAAAAUAUGUUUAAAUUGUCUUAAUAGGCUCUGGAAAUCUUUCAGGCUAGUGCAUUUCAGAUGCCGCCUACGAUUGAUCAUUUGGUCCACAAGGCACAAAGCGUUGACCUAAAAUACAUUAUGAUUAAUGCAAUUGAAAGGUAACUAAAAAGCCUUUUAAAAGAAGAGCAAAAAGCGGGCUGAAAUUUGGUUUAGUGCACAUUUGACUGCUUGGUGUUCUGCACUGGCUAGCUGGAACUUUAUUUUCUUGAAAUUCCCUUUGCUUUGACAGUGGGGAGUGCUUGGUGAAUGUUGAGUUCAGCUGAGGAGAUUUUAUUAUAAAAUGGUGGCUUCGUAAUAGGGUCACAGAUGAGGGAUUUUAAAUGUAUGGACACAUGUUUGCAAAGAAUGGAUUGUAAAGGGAUUUGUCCCUUUUUAUUAAUUUAAAUAACAAAUGAAAUUAAGCAGUUUUCAGAUAAAUAGAAGUAGGAUACUGAACUAUUACAAUGCCAAGCAACACAGAUAAUGUAACAGUUUGACUUGGCGGAAAGACAUUUACUGUACAAUAGGAACUGAGAAUCUGGAUUUUAAGUGGCGGACACUUGGUUCCAGUGGUAUCACACAAAAGCUGUUCUAAAUAAUUCAGUAUUUUAUUUCAAAAGCUGUACUAUAGUUAACUUCCAUUCUAAUCGUUUGCUUUCAGCAAAGCCUCGUCUUCGUGCCAGCUGUGUAGUUGAAUAUGGGAUCUACGGUGUGUUGAAAGUAGUGUUUAGGAAAUGAGAGCUCUUAUGUUUGAAAGGUAUCACUAUUUGUUUACAUUUUAUAAUUUUUGCCCGACUUUUUUUUAAAAAAAAGCAACAAAGACAAGUUAGAAAAUACAAGAUGUGUUGUUAUGUAUGUAAUAAUAGCAUUCUAUGGAUUAUCCAUCAUUUUAUAUUUCAAGAGGAAAAGUGCCUGCAAUAAGUGCAGUAGUUCAGAAAAAUAAAGGUAGCAAUGCUUUAUGAAUAGAACGAUAUUUUUUCCCAUGCUAUGAUGUUGUAUUUAUUAAUUCGGUUCAUCACUGAGUUGAAGAAAUGGAAUAUAUUGUUUUAUCUUUCAAGUAUGUGUUUCAUUAGAAUGUAAGUUAAAAUUGAGUGUAUAAGUGUGAGGAAUGUAAAGAAAAAAGGGGAAGCCGGUAUGAAAAACCCAUGUGAGGUAUUUUCGUGGUCAGAACUUGGCUAUUUUGUCCAUACGUAAGAAGUUUACCUUCUAAAACUAACACGAUCAAUUAAAAAAAAUAAAUAAAUAAAAAAAAACUUUUAUUUUUUAUUUAAGUGCUCUUAAUUAAGUCUUUUCAGAUCCCUGGGUAGCUUUGCUUUUGCUUCAUACGUUGCAUCUCUCAAAAUAUGUAAUAUUACAAUUAAAGUAGGCUUUGAUGAACUACCUCACACUAAAUUUCUACAAGUUCUUGGAUAAACUUAGCAGCCCACAAUAUUAGAUAUAGAAAAAUGUGAAAUAUUGAUUUCUUUAUUUAUUUAUUUUUAAGUGUACUAUUGCCAAUGUUAGGAGACUUCUAGUAUUGUAUGUAAUGUAUACUUCACUUAGAAGUAAGAAAACUGUUUAUGUAUAAUUUUUUACAGUUCAUGUGCAAUACCUUCUUCAGAUUGUGCAAGUAGUAAUUGGUGGGUCUAGCCAUGUAGAUGUAUGUUUCUGAAGGUAGAGAAAUAGUUUGGUACUGUCAAUCCAUAUUUUCCUUUUUAUAAAUUAAAACAAUUUUAUGCGACUUGAUAUAUUCAUGAUUUAAUGUAAUCAGCCUUGCCACUUUUAAAAUCUGCGCCCAGGUAGUUGUGGGUGGAUAUCAUGCAUGGCCAGAUAGAUUUUGAUCUUUAGAUGGUAAGGUAAAAAAAAAUACACUGUUUAAGAAAUAAAUGCAUAGAACAAGCUGAUGUAAUCAUGGAGGCUGGUUUAUAAUGUUUGCUUGUAAGACCAGCAGUGCAGAUUGAUCAAGUCUUUGUUCUGGGUAUACCGUGCCACAGACCAUGACGUGCACUAAUGGAAUGUAUGCACUGGAAUCCAAUAAUGCAAAGUUAAAAUGUAUACUGCAAAUAAACCAUUUGAAUUUAAA